UUUCUGGCAAUAGUCACGGGUCAGAUGAUCGAGCAGCUACAUUGUAAAUAGGCAGCAGCGGUCCGCCGUGGCCAUGCCUUCAUAGCCUCUUUAAAUCACUUCCGACUGAGCAGAUCCUUCCACUCGGACACCCCUCAUCUUCGGACAUUGUUUCGGCUCAUUUCGGAGCGUUGAAGUCUCAUUAAAAGUAUGUACCGGUCUCUGUACGCCUUCCGAUCCGCGGAGCCCAACUCGCUGCACUUCGCGGCCGGAGAAAGCUUCCUAAUCCUGGAGAGGAGCAACAAACACUGGUGGUUGGGGUCCCGCUGCAGCUCGGGGGAAACCGGCUACAUCCCCGCCUCAUACAUCGAAAAAAUACAGGCUCCAGAGCAGGAUGAGGUGUUGCAGUCUAUCGACAGAGCCAUCGAAGGCAUCCACAAUGUGGCCUUAAAAAAUGGAGGCAAAUACAAUCUGGAACAGCGAGAUGUCCUGCAAAAAUUGAUCCAUCACAGAAAGGAGACCCUCGCACGGCGAAGUUCCUCCUCCGCCAGUAAUAAACAAGGCCUCCCAUCUUCCAACAGUGAAAUAUCUCUCAGUCAAACUCCUCCUCCACCCAAUGGCCUUAACCGAGACUAUGGACGACAGGGAAGCAUGCCGUUAUCAGGAAGCAUGGAUAAUAUGCAAGGAGAACAGGGCUUUUACCAGGUGCCUCCUCAGCCUCGACGUGCGGCUCCGAUCACCCCUCCCCCCCCUGAGAAACAGAGAAACAGCCGGCGUCCAGCAGAGCCGGAGGUCCCCUCCAGAGUGUCCUCUCUUCCUCCGUCCCCUGCUCCCUCCCUCUCGAUCAGCAACACCUCUUUGGAGUCAGGCUCCUCCCACUCCCUGGUCUCCUCUGAUGUCAGUUUGCCAAGUGUUGCCAGCACCCCCCCCCCUCCCGUGCCAUCCCGUGUGAAGCCCUGUGCACCUCCUCCUCCAGACGUUUUGCCCUCUGACUCUCCUCCUCAGCCGGCUCCCGCAAAGAAAAGCCCGGCGCCUCAGCCUCCCCAGCCCACCCCCCCUUUGCAGGAGAACCAGCCAGAGAGUGAAUGGCCUGUCGCCCCCCCAUCUGUCGCUGAAAGCCCCCCAGGCAGCCCCGCCGCCUCCGAGCCAGUUCCCAUGACCAUCGGGGCUGAGCUGAUCGAGCUGGUGCGGAAGAACACGGGCCUGAGUUACGAGCUGUCGCGGGUCGCCGUCGGUGUGGUGGUCGGCCAUCUGCAGACUGCUCUACCUCAAGCCUCCUCCGACUUGGAGCGAGUCCUCCUCUCGCUGGUGGAGAGCAAGGAUCUGAGUGCUGCGCUGCCGCAGGGCCAGGUGUGUCACGAUGAACAGCGGCUGGAGGUGAUCUUCAGCGACCUCGCCCGUCACCGGGACGACUCCCAGCAGCGCAGCUGGGCGCUUCACGAAGACCACGCCCUCAUCGCCUGCUACCUCGAGGAGCUGCUGAAGAUACUGACUGAUGCAGAUCCAGAGGUGUGUAAGAGGAUGUGCAAGGCCAACCACUGUGAGAACGUGCUCUCUCUGGUUUCAUAUUAUCAGAUGGAGCACCGUGUGUCUCUGCGGCUGCUGCUGCUCAAAGUGUUCGGAGCGAUGUGCAGCCUGGACGCCGCCCUCAUCUCCACCCUCCUCAACUCCAUCCUCCCCAUGGAGCUGGCCAGAGACCUGCAGACAGACACACAAGAGCACCAGAAGAUGUGUUACACAGCUCUGGUGAUGACUAUGAUCUUUUCGAUGGGCGAACAGGUGCCAUAUCAUCACUAUGAACACUUGAAUGCUGACUUUGUAAAGUUUCUGCUGGGUGUGGUGGAGGACGGGCUUCCCUCUGAUCCCACAGAGCAGCUGCCCGACACCUUCCUGAACCUCCUGCUGGCCUUUAACCUGCACCACACAACACCCAGCAACAACGUGAUCAUGCAGGAGCUGAAGGAGAAAAAUGUCAAGAUCCUGUCAGAGAAAGUGCUGCUGCUUCUGAACAGAGGCGACGACCCUGUGUGUAUGUUCAAACACUCCCCGCCUGCACCACACUCAGUGCUCAAGUUUCUGCAGGAUGUUUUUGCUAGCAGGGAGACGGCCGACAUCUUCUACCGCACUGACAUGAUGGUGAUGAUCGACAUCGCUGUCCGGCAAAUAUCUGACCUUUCACCUGGAGACAAGCUGCGGAUGGAGUAUCUCUCCCUCAUGCACUCCAUAAUGCGCUCGACGGACUACCUCGAGCACCAGCACCGCCUGUCAGACCUGCAGGGGGCGCUGCAGAGGAUUCUCAGGGAGGAGGAAGAUCCAGGGGAGGAUGAGGGGAGUGCCACGGCAAAGCAGAUGGAUAAGCUCAUUGUACAGCAGAUCUACAAGGAGUUCCCACAGAUCUGUGAGAACCAGGACUAACCAUAUCAGUAUCACACACUGUAGUCUGCUCCUGUCUACAGCAGGGAGGUACGAUAAAGCUUGAAAGAAGAAAGAACUGAUGCUUGAUGGGACGCCCUGUAUUCUGUGCCAGCCUGUACUGAGAGAAACAAACCAGUUAUGCCAAUGUUGUCUUGGACUCGUCGUUCAGGACUGCAGCAUUCAUGUGAUGUUGAUUUCAGAAAGAUUUUGCUGUUUUUCACAGCUUUCCCCCUCUCAGAUGAGUUUAAUUUGAGUGGGAGUUGGUCCUUGGUGUGCUUCAAGAAAGAAAAAAUAUGACAAAUGCACAAACAAAAUCUGUGAGGUUUAGUCAUACUUAGAGAUUAAAAACAGCCAAAAUAUAAGCCAAGCUUCUGAGCUUUUCUCACAGUGAAUUCUUAGCAAUAAUAAUAAUAAUCAAACAUGAGCUAACUCUACUCAAAGUAUUUUGAAAAUUAAAGUAACGACAACCACAACUAAACCUUAUUCUAACCAAAGUAACUUUAACCAAACUGAUUUUAGAUCAAAUUCAAAGUUUUGUGAUGAAAAGGCAGAUUUGAAAUGAUGCUCAAAUGACAGUGCCAUUACACAAACUGUUGUGAGAAUACUUUGACCCUUUAUGUGCUUCCCUAAUAGUGGGACCAAACUACUGUGUGUUACUGAGAGCAUUAUUUUCUCUCUAGAGUACACUACUCCUAAAACUGACAUCCUCUUUCCAUUCACCCCCCACCACCCCCAUUCAUCAUAUUUAAAAUUAAAAUUGUUGAACAUGUGUACUAUCAUAGUGAGAAAAAGCACACUCUGACUCAUGUGUUAUCAUUACUAAGCUUUUAGCUGAGUAACUCGCUGCUACAUAUUGAGUCUCUCCUGUGGCUCCGUCUCAGUCGGGUAUGUUUGUCUCUUUAUUGCUUUUUCGAACUCUUAAAAGGCGAUCGCUCUGUACUCACAUAUUCUCUGCUCCUCAAGCGCCAGAUGUCAGUGACUGUUUACAGAUUAAUGUCGGGUUGGACUGAAGAGUUUUUGUCCGUAUGCUGCAUUCACAUUCAACCUAACUGUGCUGCAAUAAGGCUUUUAACAACUUGCUGUAAAAUACUGAGUCUUGGCUGAUGUGAGGGUGUUCUGUAGUUAUUAUCUAAGAUAAUAAAUUAGUCAGUGUUGUUGAUUUCCAGUUAUAAUCUCAUGCUCUUACUAAAAUCAAGAUGAGGGAGAGGGUAUACAGGGCAUUUCUUUUAUCUCCUCGUGGUCUUAUACUUUAACAGCAACAUGUACCUUUCCUUAUUUCUUCCCCAGGAUGUAGUGAUUGAUGUUGUUCUCCCAUCUUACACUUUAAUUUGUCUGUUUUUUGUCCCUGGCAUGGCUCUCCCACCUGGAAAACAUGUCUCUGAAGAAGGUAGACACAAUCCAGAAGUGAUAUCAGAUUUUAGUUAAUGUUCGAGUACUCAUUCAUUCAGUGUUUGUGUGUCUGUUUACAGUGCGUGUGUGUGAGUGGGAGAGAGGAACAUCUCCUUUCCAUGAUUAACAUUGUCUGCAAAACUGCUAUGACUGUGUUAUAAUAAAACUAAUAAAGCUAUAUUUUAACAGUGGAAGUGGUUGGAUCGGUUGUUAAGAGGGUGAUUGUGUGACAGAGUAUUUUGUGUACAACAUAAUAAAAACUUAAUUCAA